AUGAAGUAUAUACUGAUAUUUAUCUGCUUAUCGUUGCUCACAGUGUCACGAUCAAUAGCAGGCGCUGAUAGCCUGGAUAUAAAGAUCGGGCAGAUGAUCAUGGUGGGCAUCGGCAAGAAAACGAAACUGAAUCCCAUUGAUCCGGUAGCCCUGGCCAUUGCGCAGGGAAAGAUCGGUGGCAUUGUACUUUUUGAAAAUAAUCUGGCUCCCGGCAAUGGCUCUGUGCCAUUGAAGCAGCUUAUCCGCGAUUGCCAGGCAAAGGCUGCGAUUCCCUUAUUUAUUUCCAUUGAUGAAGAAGGCGGGCGGGUGCACCGGCUGAAGAAA